AUGUUGGGCUAUGAGUGCGACUUGCCGCGGCUGAUCGAGGGCGGGCUCCUCUCCACCAAGGUCGCCCAACUCCUCCGCCAGCUCAACAAGUACCACUUCCGCAAUCGCCGCCACGUGUGGGCCGCGCUCUGCCGCCACGUGGACAAGAUCCGCGCUACGCCCGAGCCCGAGGGGACACCCACAGCCGUCGAUGCGCCCUUUCCUCCGGGGGGGGCCACUAGCACCGCAGAAUUCCCCCCAGAAAUAGUCACAGAAGGCGCUCCGGAAAGUAACCAAGCUUCGGAUCAGGGCAAGGGCGUUGGGGGCUUGGGGGAUCCCCCUCCGCCCAGGGGAUCCCCCGAGGACUCCCAUUCUGAGACGGUGGACAGCCAGGACCUGCCCGGGGGAGACGAAGAAGUGACCGGGGAAGAGGAGCGCCCAGAGAGCGCCAAGUGUAUCGUGUUCGUCAGCCGGGUGCUGACCGCGCAAGUGCUGACGGACCUGCUGACGACCAUGACGUCAAUGGGGGGACUGCGCGCCGCAGCUCUGACCGGACACAGCAAGUGGUCCCGCAACGUGAAGGCGCAGGUGGGCGUGGCGCCGACGGACGCGCAGCUGGACGCGCUCGUGCGCGCGGGCAGCAUGAACAGCCACGAGCAGCAGCGCAUCAUCGCACGGUUCCAGACGGGCCACGUGUCCCUGCUCUUCGCGACGGACGUGGCGGAGGAGGGGCUCGACAUCCAGCGCUGCAACUCCGUGAUUCGCUUCGACUUGCCGACCACUGUGCGCGGCCACAUCCAGUCGCGCGGCCGCGCGCGGCGCCCGGGGUCGGACUACGUUCUCAUGGUGGAGAGGCACAACGACGCGCAAGAGGCGAUGCUGGUGGCCAUUCAAGCCAGCGAGGCCCUAAUGCGGCAGCAGGCGGAGGACCGGAUGGCGCGGGAGGACAUCGAGAGCUGCCUGGAGGCGCCGGAAGCGGAACCGGAAGUGUACGUCGUGGACGGAACCGGAGCGCGCGCGAGCAGCGACUCCGCGGUCGGGCUGCUGCACCGCUACUGCGCCAAGCUGCCGGGAGACCAGUUCACCGUCCUGCGCCCCCUGUUCGAGUUCCCCGAGGGAUCCCCCGGGCGCUUCUCGUGCACCAUCACCCUGCCCAUCAACGCGCGCAUCCGCACGGUGGAAGGCCCCGCGCGCGCGUCGCGGCCGGAGGCGAAGCGCGCGGCCGCGAUGGAGGCGAUCCGGCAGCUGCACAAAUACAGGGCCCUCACCGACCGGCUGCUGCCCAGUACCAAGAUGGAGGACGAGGAGAUUCCGGCGCGGCGCCCGUUCCGCUUCACCCGCUGGCAUUACCCCGCCCCCAAGCCCAACCUGCCAGUCUACGACGAAGAGCGCCCCACGCUGCUGCACGGAAAGUGGCUCGGCCAGAGCAUGCCCCGGAAUUCGCCGGAAUCUUCCUCCAGCAGAACGACGGAAAGCAGGAGCGGAACGCCGGAGAGCAGAGCGGAAGCGGAAGUCAUCUCGGCGCAGAGAGAGGAGCCGAAAUUGGAGGUUAAGAAAGUCGGUUUGUUUGAGGUAACCUGGGGGACCGACUGGGGAGUGCAGGCGCUUGGGGUCGUCAUUCCGGUCUUUGAACGGAACGGAAAGGAGGAGACUGAACGGAUCCUGAUGCAGCUCAAGGCCAGCUUGGCUGAAGACGAGAAAGCAGCGCCCGGUGUUCCGCCCCGAGCGGAAACGCCGGAAGCAGAAAGUGGUAUCAACGCGCGGAAAGCGCUUUUGGAGGAACCGGUUCGUAGCACCGGGGGAGAGCAAGAGACAGAGACUUCCCUCAAGAACGACGCCGUAAAGAAAGGAUUUGCAGUUACAGAAAUAGAAACGGUCCCCGCUGAAAAAGACGAGGAGGGACAAUUCGCUCAUUCUAAGCCCGCUGGUUCUGGAGGACUGGGCCACACGGAAGCGGAAGAGCCAAGCGGAACGAUUUCUGCCCGGGGUCUGCGGGGACCCGACACGAUCGCGGUGCACUCGUACUCGAUCACGUUCCGGUCCGGCGAGGGGGGCGAUCCAGAGGAAGCGGAUGCCGGCGGAUUCGUGCUGGUGACGGAAAAGAACCUGGACACGAUUUUGCCGAUGAGCGUGGAACUAUAUAUGCCGAGGGGGGAGGAUGUGGAGACUGUGUGGGGGAACCUAGGGUUUGGCGGUCGUAAAUACUUGAGCAAGAGCCAGUUGGAGGCAGCCCGUCAGUACCACGUGAAGCUGAUGGGCUGGGUGCUGGACUGGGAGCACGUGACGCCGCCCGUCGAGCCGUACUGGUCGCCCGAAAAGGCCUACCUCGUGCUGCCGCUCAGGGAAAGAACUCCGCCCAAAACGGCGACCGAGGCCGUUCACACCAGCGAUUUGCCCGCUGAAGGGUCGGGUGGGAAUAAGGGGGACGAGACGGGCGUGGAGAUCGAUUGGGCGGUUGUGAAUGACGCGAUCCGGCCGGCGAAAGAGCCGACGCCGCUCGCGGAGGGCGAGGGUUUGGGGGUUUCGGACAGCCAGGAAUUGCGCGACCGUCUGAAAGAGGAAGCUUCCGUGCAAAGCGAGAGCGGAACCCCCGCGCCGUUUGUCUUUUCCGCUGGCACCGAAAAGGCGAAAGAGCCAGAAAGAGAGGAGAAGGAAUCUUCGGUGCGAAUAGAGUGGGUCGCUCCCGGACAGCUGAUGACUGCGGACGGUCUGGUGGACGUGUCCGAACUGAGGGAGGGGGAGACGAUGGUGACGGCUAUUCACACCAAGAAAGAUUACCGGCUGUACCGGGUGUUAACGGACACCUGCUUGGACAGUCCGUUCAUCUACCGGCACCGGGAGGAGCGGCGCAAGUGGACGACCUUCUCGGAGUACUACCGCACCAGGCGCAAGCUGGCCAUGUCGUAUCCGCGUCAGCCCCUGUUACAGUGCAAGCCGCUGAAGCGCGCCCGGGGCCUGCUCAACCCACACCGGGACCCCUACAAGUGGGCGCCGCAGGACCUCGUCAAACCAAACGUGCCCCCGGCAGAAGAAACCGGUCCCCGGACAAGCGCCCCGGCCGCUGAUGAUACGCGAGCAGAGUGCCCGGGAGAUGGUCCGGACGGCGGUUCGGAACGGGAGGAGGCCUACGACGAGGGUCAGGCCGUCGCAGAGGCGGCCGCGCUGCUGAAGCCGAAGCUUGAGAAAAAAGAGGAGAUCACUAGCGAGCAGGAAGCGGAGGAAGAGAAGCUCGACGCGGCCGCCGACAAGGAGAGCCGGCGGCUGCUGGAAGUCCCCGCGGAGCUGUGCGUGGUGCGCGCACGCUCGUCCGCGCGCGCGCACCGCGGCGCGCAGCGGCUGCCCAGCUUCCUGCACCGCCUGGAGGAGGUGCUGCUCGCGGAGAAGCUGCGGCGCAAGGCGGGGAGCAACGUGCACGCCACCAAGAUCCUGGAGGCCCUGACGGCGACCUCGUGCGCGGCCGGCUACAGCUACGAGCGGCUGGAGAUGCUGGGCGACGCGUACCUCAAAUUCGCUGUACGGCGCCACCUCUUUUUCGCGCAUCCAGAACAGCACGAGGGCUGGCUGACCGCCACGUUCGAUACAACGGUUUCCAACGACGCGCUGUACGCGCGCGCGCUCGAGCGGGGUUUGCAGGGGUUCCUGCUGACGCGCGCGUUCGACCUGCGCAACUGGCACGCGGCCGGGCGCGCACCGCCGCGCGGGAAGCCGAAGCGCGAGAAGAAGAAGCGCGUGCCGCGGUACAAGAAGUGGCAGAAGAUGCGCGAGGAGGCGGCCGCGGCGCGCGCGCGCGCGGCGGGGAGCGAGACGACCAGCGGCGUCCCGAAGGUGGGGGAGAAAGAUGGAGUGGGAGAAACUGCUGCGAGUGGGGAAACCGCGGCGAGUAAGGAGAUCCUAGCGGAGAACGAGAAGAAGAGGAAGAAUGGGGAGGAGCAAAGUACGGAAUCGGAGUCGGAUGCGAAGAAAAGGAAGGACGGAAGCGACGGGAAGACGGUAAAAGUACUGGUUGGUAAAAAUGGCGAUGAAGAGCGGCCGGAUUUGGGCGGGAACGGGAAGCAGAAGCAAGAAGAGACGCAACUUCAAGCGAAGGCGGUAGUAAAAGCGGGUGCGGAAUCAAGAAGCUUGCCGGUUAGUUCUGAUGGCAAGAAAGUGGGUAUGGACACAGAGAAGAUCUCAGUGGCAAACCCGGACGAUGCGGCAGCCGCCCGCAGGGGAGAGGAGACACGUGGCGGCGCUGAGGACGAGGCACGUGUCGCGCGGAAUGAGUAUGAGGCCGCGAUCGAGGAGGCAGAGCUGAGCAGCGAAGAGGAAGAGGGUCUAGAAGGGGUUGGAGAAGAAGGUCAGGAAGAGGUUGACGAAGAGGGGAGUGAAUCGGAGGAAGAAGGGGACGAGGAAAACGAGGAGGAAGCAGAGGCAAACGAGGAAGGGGCGACCGGAGAAGAGGAGGGAGCGGCCAGCAGUGCUUACGAUGCCAAGUUCCCGGUCGCCGUGAGCGCUCCCAAGGGGAAGGCAACCGGGCUCGAAACGAUAGCCGAAGAGGGCACGGGAGAGACAGGCGACCGCUCGGUUAAUUCGGCAACCGGAGGAACGCGGUGCGUGAACGAGGCCUUCAGCCCGGCCAACGUGGGGGCUGGAAAUGUUGAGAACGUCGCCGAGAAAAAGGUCGAAUCGGAGGAACAAGACAAAUCGGAGAAGAGUCCAAAGGCACCGGAAACUGAGCCAAAAGCACGAGAGAGCAGUCGGAGCAGCGGAGGGCAGAGUUUCGGCGGCGCGAGGAGGGCCGCGGUGAUCGGCCGGAAACUUCUAGCGGACAAGGUGGAAGCCCUACUCGGGGUGCACCACGUGGAAGGCGGCCCGCGGCCGAGGCAACUUCACGUCUUGCCCCGAUUCCAUUCCACUUCCUUCCGUUCCGCCGCAGGUUCUGGGCCAGAAAUUCUAGCGGACCUGGUGGAAGCCCUGAUCGGAGUGCACCACGUGGAGGGCGGCCCCGCGGCAGCGAAUAAGUUUGAACCUCC